GGCUUCUCCUCUGCCUCUUCUUUCGACGAGUCUGAGGAUGACGUGGUGGCCGGGGGCGGAGGUGCCAGCGAUCCCGAGGACAGGUCUGGGGGAACUUCCAGGCAGGAGAGGAUGGUCGGAUUCUGAAACGUUUCUGUCAGUGCGAGCAGCGCAGCCUGGAGCAGCUGAUGAAAGACCCGCUGCGACCUUUCGUGCCUGCCUACUAUGGCAUGGUGCUGCAGGAUGGCCAGACCUUCAACCAGAUGGAAGACCUCCUGGCUGACUUUGAGGGCCCCUCCAUUAUGGACUGCAAGAUGGGCAGCAGGACCUAUCUGGAAGAGGAGCUAGUGAAGGCACGGGAACGUCCCCGUCCCCGGAAGGACAUGUAUGAGAAGAUGGUGGCUGUGGACCCUGGGGCCCCUACCCCUGAGGAGCAUGCCCAGGGUGCAGUCACCAAGCCCCGCUACAUGCAGUGGAGGGAAACCAUGAGCUCCACCUCUACCCUGGGUUUCCGGAUCGAGGGCAUCAAGAAGGCAGAUGGGACCUGUAACACCAACUUCAAGAAGACGCAGGCACUGGAGCAGGUGACAAAAGUGCUGGAGGACUUCGUGGAUGGAGACCACGUCAUCCUGCAAAAGUACGUGGCACGCCUAGAAGAACUUCGUGAAGCUCUGGAGAUCUCCCCCUUCUUCAAGACCCAUGAGGUGGUAGGCAGCUCCCUCCUCUUCGUGCACGACCACACCGGCCUGGCCAAGGUCUGGAUGAUAGACUUCGGCAAGACGGUGGCCUUGCCCGACCACCAGACGCUCAGCCACAGGCUGCCCUGGGCUGAGGGCAACCGUGAGGACGGCUACCUCUGGGGCCUGGACAACAUGAUCUGCCUCCUGCAGGGGCUGGCACAGAGCUGAGCUGCUCAGCCACCAUCAGGUUAAUUGGAUGGCGCCAGUCUGGCUGGAGGAGCCCUGAGAUGCCAUGGGAGGCCUGAGGUUGGCCAUGGGGGAGCUGGCCUCCAGGGACGGGAGAGAUUGUGUCAUGUGCCACACGAGACCAACGUGGAAAAGUCUGAAGGGCCUUGGGAGACCAGGUAGCACCUGGCCCCAUCAUGAUGCAGGGGUUUUGGGGCCCUGGAAGGAAGGUGAUGAGGCAGUGAGUCAGAAAAACCAGAACGGGGUCCCCCGAUCUGCCGGGAAGGCUUCUGAGGGGCUGCCCUGAGAGCAUUCAGUUCACAUGUCACAGGGUAUGGUGUGACAGGGUGCCUGUGGACACACGAAUCACUUCUAACCUGCCUCCCUGUCAGCCUCCAGGCUGCCAGCUGGCUGAGGCCAGGGACUGGGUCAGGCUCAUCUUUGGCGCCUCAGAGGGUCAGGCAUCGUUGGUGAACAGAUGCAGGCGCUGCUGGACCAUCUGGGGAGAGUGACAGUCCAUGUCUUCACCAGGGAGCCAUUUGAGUGCUGAGCGACAAGAGGCUCAGAGGGCAUGACCCCAUGGGACUGGAUGCGGCCUGAGGGCUGAUACCGCUGGGCGGUAUCCUGCCCUGCCGUGGCCCUGUGGGAUCCUCCGUGUUCCUCAGCGGACUCUGCUGACGACCUGCAGACCCAAACCACAGCCACAUCCCAGCUUCUGUGCCAGCACUGUGACAGUACCUCGCUCCUCUGUGCACCAGAUCCGGCCUCAGGACUUACACCUCCUGCCUGACCCCCAGGCUUCUCUCUCCUUUCUCCCAGCAAACUGCAGUGGCAGAAAGGAGGUUCAGAGGCUGGGAAAGUGGGCCUCCCCUUGCAACUCAGAGCUGCUGCACUCAGGAGGGCCCCAUCCAAUCCCGGGCCCCUGCAGGGAAAAGCGCUGGGUGUGUGUCAGAGGCGCAGGGUGGGUGGGGCUGCCAGCCAGGACCCUGGCCUGCAGCCUGAUCCAAACCAAAGACUGUAGAACCCUGGGGUGUGGCUAACGGCCACUCCAGCACCCAUAGCCAGGUUUUCCUGGCCCUUGAGGCUGGGCUGGCGGACAGGCACCUACCUCUUCCUUAAGCUGAAGCUCCCACACUGUCUUCCAGGGCUGAGGAGAUGCUCUCCUUUUCUACUGACCAUCUUGAUACUUACUUAUAUGAGAGGCAGUUGCUGGACGGGGUAGUACUGGGAAGCAGGAGGCAGAAUGGCUCUGCUGAGCCUCCUACCCAUGACAACACCCCAAUAAACAGAACAUUCAGAGCCAA